AUCCCUCCUACAGGGCUUGACAGCUCUGUUGCAGUAACGACUCAGUCAGCGAGGAAGAGACAGAAGACGUCGACCCACAUAACCCUGUUUAGUCGCUUUAGCGUUACGGCUGAAAAAAACGUGUUUUAGGUCUGUUUUAAGAGUAUACGUAAAAACCAAGCUACAUUUUUUGUUUUUUUUCCUGACUUGGCUAACAAGCUGGCUAAUGUUAGCUGUUUCCUGGUUGAAGUUGCAGCCAUUUUGGAUUUUUACUGAGAAACAGCUAGCUGGCCGUGGCUUUGGGAGCAGUGUUAGCUAGCUAUCGCUCUCGUUUUCUUUGUUCACCGGGGCUGUUUAUCUGCGGACAGAGAAAAGAAGACAUUUUGCGAGACAGUAUACGCUAUACUACGAGUCAACAAUGAAUCCCGAAUAUGACUAUUUAUUCAAGCUGCUCCUGAUUGGUGACUCUGGUGUUGGAAAGUCUUGCCUUCUUCUGAGAUUUGCAGAUGACACAUACACAGAAAGUUACAUUAGCACUAUUGGUGUGGACUUCAAAAUACGAACCAUAGAACUAGAUGGAAAGACCAUUAAACUUCAAAUUUGGGAUACAGCAGGGCAGGAGAGGUUUCGUACAAUUACGUCCAGCUACUACAGAGGUGCCCAUGGGAUCAUUGUAGUGUACGAUGUCACAGACCAGGAGUCCUUCAACAAUGUCAAACAGUGGUUACAGGAAAUUGACCGCUAUGCCAGUGAAAACGUCAACAAGCUAUUGGUUGGGAACAAGUGUGACCUGACAACAAAGAAAGUAGUGGAUUACACAACAGCAAAGGAGUUUGCAGAUUCUCUGGGAAUCCCCUUUUUGGAAACCAGCGCCAAGAAUGCCACCAAUGUAGAGCAGGCCUUCAUGACCAUGGCUGCUGAAAUCAAGAAGAGGAUGGGCCCCGGGGCCACAGCUGGGGGAGGGGAGAAGCCCAACGUGAAGCUGACUCCAGGUACUACUGUCAAGACUUCAUCAGGAGGGUGCUGCUGAGAGAGAAGGCCCUUCCACUUUGGCCCUACCCUUUUACUCUGCAGGCCUACCGGCCCUGCUGCCAUCCCCCUCUCAACUCCUCUGUGUCCCAGCAAAGGCCCAAAACAACCAGAUAGGAUCGGGAAGACAUGAUUCACGUAUAUGUGAAAAUAUGAUGAAGUUGCCUGUAUUUGUACUGUACAUAAUGUAGCCGCACUACCAAAAAUACGAUUAAAGCAUCCUUCUGUCAUACUGUCCUGGUAUUGAUGACAAAUUCUACAGAUAGGUAAUCAUUUGACUGGCCCGAGUCCCCAUCAUACCCUGUUUCUGACAUCUCAGAGAUGACGUUUUUAUUCGGUCCUCUGAAUGCAGGUUCAUGAGAACUCUGUGUGUGUAGAGUAAGUGAAUGUCGGUUUCUCUGCGUUCCUACAGCAGGGUUGGAAAAUGAAUCGGUUCCAUUUAGGUUUCUGUUUGAUUGAACUUUUUCUGUUUAUUUUUUUUUCUUCAGUGAUGAUUUUUCUGUCGUUCUCAGUGUAUGUCUGUCAGUCUGUCUGUCCCCAUUUGAAGGUGUUUUUCAUUUUUCUCACCACCCUCUGCACAAGUGUCUCAACUGUCCAGCAUCCAAAUUCCAGUGCAACAGUAUAUGUACAUAAAUAUUAUGUAUAUAUAUAUAUGUAAAAUCUGAUUUGCCAGUUUGGUUGUGUUCAAUACUUUAUUGAAACGGUCUUGACUCUUUAUCUUUGCAUUAAAUUUGUGGCUGAAGACAACUGUAAGUUUGUUGCUCAAUGUGUAACACUUAAACUGAAAAUAAAUAUUGUACUACCAGAUUCUAUGAAAUGGAAGGGCGUGUCUGCAUUUUAUGGUGAGAUGUAGAAAAAACGUUUGAUUUAUUUAUUCUACAGCCAUUUGGUGUAUCUCCUGCUAGAUACAUAGGGUCUACUACGGUGGCCGAGAGGUGCAAACCGAAUUUACAUAAUGGAAAACACUUUUACAACCUUCAAGACAAAUUUACAAGCGACAAAACACUUUUACAAGUCCAAAAACACUUUUACAAAUCUAAAAACACUUUUACACAAUGCAAAACACUUUUACAACCUCCAAGACAAAUUUACAAGCGACAAAACACUUUUACAAGUUCGAAAACACUUUUACAAGUCUGAAAACACUUUUUCAAAGCCAAAUGUAACCGGAAAGGGAAUGUCCCAACUCCGGGGCUGAAGCGGAAGUGACGACGAGGAGCGGCUAAUGCACUCUGUCGGUCUGAUCUGCGCCAUUUAAACACUCUAAAGACCGACCACACGAAAAACAAAACCGCGUCAAUCGGUUUAUAUGUUCCCCACAAAACGGGCAAAACAUCACCCGCUCGUUGUCCGUUGCAUUAGCCGCUCCUCGUCGUCACUUCCGCUUCAGCCCCGGAGUUGGGACAUUCCCUUUCCGGUUACAUUUUGAUUUGUAAAAGUGUUUUCGGACUUGUAAAAGUGUUUUCGAACUUGUAAAAGUGUUUUGUCGCUUGUAAAUUUGUCUUGGAGGUUGUAAAAGUGUUUUGCAUUAUGUAAAAGUGUUUUUGGAUUUGUAAAAGUGUUUUUGGACUUGUAAAAGUGUUUUGUCGCUUGUAAAUUUGUCUUGGAGGUUGUAAAAGUGUUUUGCAUUAUGUAAAUUUGGUUUGCACCUCUCGGCCACCGUAGUCUACAAACUGUCGUGUGUAAUCUCAGUACAGAAUUGCAUAUAUAAAAUACAAUGUUCUCUUGUUUUCUUAAUAAAGACAACUGAAAUCAGUUUGAAAGUA